UCAGCAGGAGUGCCAGAUCUUGUUUUUCUUCUGUUUUGUCUGCUUUCUGGCAGGACUGCAGCUCUACGGAGUGGAAAUAGUGCCAGAUCCUCCCUGCACACUGUAGUGGUUGAAUCUUAAACAGGUUGCUAUUGGGGGAAAAUGCAUUGUGUCAGAUGGAACAGUCUGAGAGGCUGUGGUGGCUCCCUGUCCUCAGCCCCAAACAAUAGCCAGGCUGAGCUUGUAUUUCCAGUAGGCACCACACACACACACACAUUGACAGGUCCUCGUGGGUCCCUUCCAACUAAGAAUAUUCUGUGAUUCUGAAUACACAUCACUUAACCAUAUAACCAUGGAUGGCCACACAGAUUACACAUCCAGCCACACAGAGCACUCACACACAGUGCCAGCAGCCUCAUGCCACCCUGUGUUCUGGCUGAGCAGGAUGGAAGUACACUCGUGUGCACCCACAUAUAUAUGUGUAUUUAUAUAAGUAUAUACACACACAUGUACAGUGUGUCCAUCCAGUAGCUGGGCUCAGGCAGUGUCCAGCAGCUGCCCCCCCAUCCCAAUCUCUCCAGUCUUUCUGGUCCCCCAGUAGUCAGCUCCCUGGCCACAAGUCCUUCACCCAGGGCAAAUUGUGAAUGGAGUUUAAUGAGAAGAUGGGACAGGCUGCACUGAUCAGGUGCAGGGAAUGGCCAAACCAUCACAAACCAUUUACACAUGACUGGCCCUUUUUAUUUCUGUAUCCCACACUUGUUUCCCCACAAGCCAUCUAGAUCCCUCCCUUUCCUGCCUUUGGUUCCUGCCGUAAACACCCCCUAAUGAGUACUAUGCAAUACCCAAACGCUCUUCCCCUGCAUCCCGUCCUGUCUCUCGCAUCCUGUCCUGUGUCUCACACCCCUGAGCACAGUGACAUCCCAAUCCUAAAGGUGCUCUGGGGGUCAGGAUCCCCUGGGACAGCCGUGGGAGGGAGUCAGACAGGGUGUCCUUUUCUAUGAGUCCUUAAUUUGGGCUCCGAUCUGCCAUUGUGUCCCUGUGCUCAUCAAGAUGGGCCUCUAGUGGGCUGAUGGCCACUGGGAUGUGCCUGGAAGCAGCCCAGCAGGGUGCUGCUUGGGCUCCCCCUCCUGCCAUCAUCACCCUGUGCUCCUUUGUGGUUAUGCAAACCAGCUUUUAGCACAUAACCUCCCUAAUGACCAGUAUAGUUAGGUUUGGGAUCCUUCUUUUCAUACGUAUAUAACCUAAAUAAAAUUUCUCUCUUUUAAAGAUUUGGCUUUCCUCCUGUAAUUGGGGGAUAUUUAGGGCAGGAAUCAAAGGCAGGAAAGGAAAAGUUCAUGUGCAGGUUAAUUCUUUACUGUGAGGGUGGUGAGGCACUGGAACAGGUUGCUCAGAGGAGCUGUGGAUGCCCAAUCCGUGGAGGUCUUCAAGACCAGGUUGGAUGGCGCCCUCAGCAACCUGGUCUAGUGGGUGCCAUCCCUGCCCAUGGCAGAGGGGAUUGGAACUAGGUAUCUUUAAGGUUCCUUCCAAUCCAAACCAUUCUGUGAUUCUACAAUAAUGAGCAGGGACUGAAUUUAGAUGGGGCAAAUGUAGCACAGGAGAAGGGGCUGGUACCAGAGUGUCCAGAGGGACAACUGGAUGGUCCAGUGGGACAGAGAUGGCAGCUUGCCAUGCAGCCCUCAGCACAGAGGAGUGCGUAGCAGGAGGGGCGAUGGCUGGCACACUCCUGUCUGACAUCCAGCUCCACUUGGACCAGCUUAUCUAACACUGACACUUCCCGGGGCCUGCAGAGGAGUGAAGUCCACUGGAGGGAAAGGGAGCAGGGCCUUGGACUUUGUAUUGACUGCAAAUCACUGGUGACCGUCAGCUCUGAGUAGCGUUCCCAGCUGGUAAACACCCGGCUCUUGCAGGCACUGUUGGCAUUGGCUGGGCGUGGGCAGCCUCACCCCUUCCCGUCUCCACAGCCUGGAGCAGAGGGCUGGAGCGGUGGACCCCAAAAGCUCCUUCCUGGCAUCCAGGCAGUCAUGUCUGGGGAGGUUUCAUGAAGACCCCGAGCCCAAUUCUGCUCAACAUGUUAAUUAAACAUUUACUGGAAGGAAUGUCUUUCCUCAGGACAUUCACUGCCUCAGUGACCAUCACCCUCUGUAGCCCAGCCUGACUGUGAAGCUGGCUCCAUUUUUUGAGCUGGAGUGCACACAGGAUGGCCUCCGGCGGUCCCUUCCCACCAAAAUAAUCCUUCAGUUCUCUGGAUACGCCAACAAUUGCAGAUUGUUCCCACACACCUGGGGAGGUGGAGUGGGAUAGCAAAGUGCUUCUGAUGACGGCGGGACACGCUCUCGGCUUUCCAUGUGGCAGUGACUACCCAAAGGACACGGUGCCCCGGGAAGCCGCGAGACCACCCCGGCGGCGGCUCCGCGCCGCUCCCGGGAAGCCGUGCCCGCCCCCGGUUCCCAUGGCAGCGGGAGCCGCGGCCCGCGCCGCCGGGCCUCUGGGAGCAGCCUCCGCGGGAAGAGGGAACAGGGUUCUGUCCUGGGAGGAUGGAGGACGACGAGCAAGAGGGGGACGAGCACAGCCCUGAGAAGGAGGAGGAAGAGGGGGAGAAGGAGGAGGGGGAGGAAGAGGAGAAGAAGGAAGAAGAGGUGCCGGCUCCCUGUCCUCUGACGGAGGAAGUACUGAAGGAGGGCCUGUCUCUCCUCAGUAAGACGGGCAACGGGCUGGCCCACACCUACGUGAAGUUUGAAGCCAAAGGAAAGAACUUGACAGACAUCAGCGUGCUCAAAAGCUUCAUUCACCUGCGGUAUGUGGAUUUGUCAGAGAACAAGCUGCAAGAUUUGUCUCCACUGAGCAGCCUAACAGAGCUGCUUUGGCUGAAGGUGGAUGGGAACCUGCUCACCAGUGCCUGCAUGCAGGAGCUGUCCUAUCUCCAGGUCAUCAGCUUUGAUCGAAACCGCAUCAAGGAUAUGGAAGGCAUUACUCACCCCCGCUUAGCCACCCUCAGCCUGAAAGAAAAUAAAAUCCAGACAAUGCUGGGCCUGAGUAAGGACCAGUUGUUCAGCCUGGAAGUCCUGGAGCUGCGAGGAAACAAACUAAAGACCACAGCAGGGCUCAGUCUUCCCAAGCUCAAGAAACUCUAUCUGGCCCAGACCAACAUCCGCAGCCUUGAAGGCCUCGAGGGACUCGAGCAGCUGGAGACUCUGCACCUGCGUGACAACAAGCUGGAGACCCUGGAUGGAUUCUCCAGUAGCAUGAAGUGCCUGCAGUAUCUCAAUCUACGGAACAAUGGGAUCAGUAGCUUUCAGGAAGUGGAAAAACUGCAGGUCCUUCCCAUGCUGCAGGCACUGGUGCUGUUGGACAAUCCAUGUGCUGAUGAACCCAGUUACCGGCUGGAGGUCCUUGCUCUGCUGCCACACCUGCAACGCCUUGACAAGGAAGUAGUUGAGCAAGAUGAGCGGGAAGAGGCGAUGAAAAUUCGUCAGACAAGGCAGGAAGAAAAAGAAAAGGAAAUGGAAGGAUCUCUCAAGGAUGAUGCGUCUCUUCAGGAAAUGGAAGAAUCACAAGGGGAUGGUGUGACUGAGUGACCUCUGUUUUUAAUACCUGUUCCCAGAGGCUGUCAGGAUGUGGAGAUGCCUUUCCCCUCAUGUGCGGAUGGGAAUGCGAGAGCUGUAGGUACCAGCUUCACCUCAUUUUACCUCUGGACAAAAGAGGAGGGCUACCCACCCUGGUCCUGGAAGCUGCCCUGAGGCACUGCAGUGUUUUUGCAGUCACUGCACUGAUAUGUUCUAUUCUUGGUAGGCCCAAGAGGGAAAAUGGGAGAGUUAUAGGUUCUGUGGUUCGAUUUAUGGCUCCCAAAAAUCCUGCAAGAUUUUCCGAUUUGAAUAAAAAUAAUUAAUGA